CUCCAGCAGCCGGACCUCUCGUACACCUGUGGUGUCACUUUCAACAACGCGACGCUUGGAUUAACAAAAAUCAAAUCAAAUCAAUCAAAUAUGAGCAAAGCCACUUGGAGACGGAGCGCCGGUGCGACAUAAGGAGCAGACGCGUAUGCUUCAGGACAAAGGGGCUCUUGCAGGAUAUUACGAUGCAUCUCACAGCGGUGGUCUUAAUUCUGGUCGUGACAGGCAUCGCCAAAGGUUGGGAAUGCAGCGCGGGGUGCAACACAGAAAAUGGGUUUUGUGAGAAGCCAGGGAAGUGCAGGUGCAAGCCAGGGUGGCAAGGAGAGAACUGUGACCAGUGUGUGCCCUUCCCCGGCUGUCUGCACGGCACAUGUGAAAAGGCAUGGCAGUGUGUCUGCGAGGAGGGCUGGGUGGGCAGCCUGUGUGACCAAGAUACUCGCCUGUGCUCAUCGAGGCCUUGUGCCGGUAAUGCCACCUGCAUAGAGACAGGAGAGGGGGGAUACCUGUGCAUCUGUCCCCAGGGCUAUGCGGGUGAAAACUGCCACUUGAAGAGAGGACUCUGUCUCGCAAACAGCUCUCCUUGCCAGAACGGAGGCACAUGCACGGCUGCCGGUGGCUCAGCAAGUUACUCUGCCUGUUUAUGUCCCCCUGGGUUUUCUGGAGACUUCUGUGAGAUUGGCGUUGACAGCUGCCAGCCUAACCCCUGCCUCAACGGUGGCAACUGUACAAACCACGGCCUGGCCUUCACAUGUGUGUGUCCGCUCGGCUUCACUGGGUUCACUUGUAAUGACACCACCAGCCUCUCGCCCUGUGCCGGCAGGCCCUGUGCCAACAGGGGCACUUGUGUCGGUCAGCCUGAUGGAACCUUCCGGUGCAUUUGCCAGAAAUGGUUUACAGGUCCCACUUGUUCCCUGCAGCACAGGCCGAAGGCCAAGUCCAAGCCAGUCGGAGCCAGGCCAGUGGACCACAGAGUGUUUGCGCUGACUCCGCAGCACUACUCCCUCCCUGCUCACACCUUCCACAAGCUCCUCAGACCGCCCGAGAGAGACCUGCUCAAAAUCACCCUUAAGGAGACAGUCCACUCCCCCGGCGUCCUCGUCACCCACGGUCAGCUCGUCUGUUUCGGCAUGCUGGCCCUGCUUACUUGCGUGGUCAUCCUGGGCACUACCGGCAUUGUGUUUUUUGGCCGCUGCGAGACGUGGCUGGCCAACGCCAAGUACAGCCAGCUUGUUCGGCAGCAAAGGGAACACCUGCUGCGAGAAGCCGGCGGCCCGAGCCAGGAGGAGCCGGAGCACUCAGUAAACAUCAUCCUGCCGGAGAAGAUUAGACUCACCAGCUUUGGGAGACACUACACCUCCAUCUGAUUUAAUCGUCUCUGUCUCUUCCCCUUUCCCUAUGGAAGGAGUUUAAUAGAAAUGUCGAAAACUGGCACUGAGGAAAUACUAUGACUGUUGUACAGUUGUGUUAAUAAAGUGAGGCAUACUGGGCUGCACUGGAAUAUAUCUGAAUGUAAAGUCUACUGGACUAAGUGGACGACCAAGACACUGGAUUGUAAAUGUACUUUUUAUUGAACUGCAUAAAACUACCCGUUAAAAUGUAUGAAACCAUAAAAGAUGUUCUGCCUUGAUGGCUGGUAAAAAGAUGUACUCCUUUAGAUUUUUGACUUCACAUGGUUCAAGCACUUUGUUACAUGUUGAUUCAACCCUGUGUCCUAGAAAUUAUGUCUGUAUGCUAUAAAAAUGCUUUCUUAUGCUUUCUUAAAUGCAUUGUUGUGGCAACAUAAUUGCUGCCUGGAUUAUAUUCAGAGAUGUUUCUUUAAUAAUAAAACACUAUAUUCGUGUACAGCGUAGGCUUCAGAAAGAGGUGGUUGGGGUUACAAAGUGCAGGACCUUGACCCCAGUAGUGAUGGGCAGAGCAGUUCUUUAGAUGUUACUGAAUCACUAGAAUCAGUUCAUUAAAAAGAUUCAUUCAAAAGAUUUGUUCACCAAAUCGUUCAGUGCUUGGCGGGAGGAGCCAUGACUGUGUACUGCGUAGUCCGACACACUGAACUGAUACACGGGUGAGUCUCAUUACUGGCCAGCCAAACGUUUUAAGUUUGUUUAUCUGGAAACUAUAUCUGUUAAAACAAUGGGGAGUUGUGUGAUUGUGUCCAUGUGGCUUGACUCCUGGCUACAUUAACCAUUAGCUUGGAGAAAACGGUCCCUAUGAAAGUGUAUCGCUGAGAAGAAAUGAUUUGAAUCACUCAGGGUUUGGGGUUACGUCAUUCAUCAAGUGAUUCAUUCACCGAGUGAUUCGUCACACGGUAGGCAGUCCCUCCCUGCACCCUGGCUGCCUCGCGACUCGCGAGUGAUUCAUCGUUCGCACGGACCGAAUCAGCAGUUCCACUCCCGGCCUGCACGCUCACUGCUGAGCUCAACUGAACUGAGAAAUGAACAAAUCAGUUCCGGAAGUGAUUCAGUUCAGUACGUUCACUCAACAGAUUUGUUCUUUUGAACGAGUCAUUUGCGAACGACCCAACACUAGACCCCAUAACUUCGGGUUCACGUCCAGUCUCUUGUCUGAGGUUUAGGCAACAAAAACACUUUGGUUAAGGUUUGAAACAGAUCAUGAUUUUGCUUAAAUGUUAAUAAAAACAGUACUAAAAAAAUAAUAAUAAACAACUAAAAUAUGUCAGUGAGCACUUUGCUAAUACGUUCAGUAUCAACAUUAUAGCAACAUUUUCUCAUUAUGCUGAAAGAAAGCAUAAUUCAUAACAUGCUGUUUCAAAUUAGUUGUAUAGAAACAUAUUUUAGGAGACAGGGCUGGUUGAUUUGGAACACAAAAGUGGUGUUAAUAUUACAAGAUGAGAAAUGGAGUUGAUUUUAAAAGGAGCUAGACCACUUUUCUUUUGGUAUUUAAUGUAUUUGUGUCAUUGAUUUUUAAUCUGUUAACAAAUUGUUCUCUGAUAUUGUGACCAUGACUCGAGCUGCGAUGAUUAACGAGGACUCAAUCAGCAGAUAAUUAAUGUUUUUUAAUAAUUGAUAUAUUAUUUUAGUCAUUUUAGUCAACGUUUUUUGAUGUCAGCUUCUCAAAUGUGGUCAAAUGAGAGGAUUUGAUGUUUUUUUUUGUUGUCCUAUUUAAUUUAAAAAAUGGACUGUUUGUUGAAUAAGAUAUCAAAAUAGUUCACUUUAGGCUGUGGGAUAUUAUGAUGGGCAUUUUUUACCAUUUUCUUUUUUUAAUUUGCAUUUUUGAAGAUUAUUUAACAUAAGUAGAGACCAAAAAGAAAGGUAAAAGGUAAAAAAAAUUACAUAAAACAUAAUCAAACAAAAGCGUAUACUAUUUUCUAAUGAGAAAUUAAUCAGUCGAUUAAUCGUUAAUUGCAGCCCUAACCAUUUCCAUGCAGCAUAUUGUGAAUUUCCCAUUUUAUAAUUAAUGAAGAGUUACAUAUUGUGAGUUUGUACAGUAUGUGCAGUUAAAAUGUGUACUUACAUACAUGCCACCCAAACAGCUGUACCAUCGGCUCUACAGAGACGGAUCAUGUUCAUGUAAAGGUAUUAUUAUGCAGUAUGAACCUGGAGGUAGUUUUAUUUUGCUAAUGCCAUCCAGUUAUCUCUCUGCUGAUGUAUCACAUUAGAUGUUAAAGGUAUAUACAUAGAUGUUAUUAAGACACGGGUUAUUUCAAAGUUCCUCCAGAAAUGCCACUUUCUAUUUCCAUCAUCAUCUACCUGUAUCCAUGCUUUGAAUAUCUUUACACUUUCAAUUAUUGAUCAGUCUCAAACUCAUUUUCAGUUUAUCCGGGGGUUGUUAGAUUUUCCAACUUUGCUUCUUAGUGUCAACGUUGGAAUUUCGCAGGUCUCCGAGCCCAGAAAUCAAUACUGUUGCAUUUGUGAAAUGUUAAUGGUUUGCCUAGUCAUGCAUGAGAUGGACACCCGCUCCUGAUGAAGGGAGAAGUGCUUUUGUGAAUACUGAAUGUAUGGAAGAUGAGAAAAACAUUAUGCCUGUCACCCAGUGAAGAUGUAGUUAGACAUUUGAAGCAUAUUUAAUGUAAAAUAUUCAAAUUAAUCAACUGAGGAUUACUGUGGUGUUAGAGUGGGAGAGUUUCUGCUCUUCACUCUCACAGUAAGUCCCCUUCAGCCCUCAUUCAGCCUGUGAGGAGAUGCUGUUAAUAUGCUGUGUUUUGUUUGUCUCAGUUCUCCGAUACGGUGGUUAUCUUGUGCUCACACCACAACAGUAACAUUUGGGAUUGUGUAUUACAAUGUGUAGUCGUAAAAUUUUAAUGAUUUACACGUGGCAUUUCUACAGGGGGGCGGGGACUGUAACCGUGCAGUACUUAUCAGUAUUUGUUCCAGUCUGGGAUUAUUUGCUGUUGUGCUUUGGCCAGAUAAUGUUUUGUUGUCUGUUCACUGCUUUUAAUAAAAU